UUUCUAUGAAGAACCAAUGAGAAAAAGAAGGAAAUCAGAUCGAGACCAGCGGUUCCGAGCGUUUCCCUCCGUGGAGCAGAGCUCCCUUAAGGAAUAUGAAAAACUGGAAUCACGGACCAGAAGGGUUUUGAGCAACACUUACCAGAAACUUAUUCAGUCGGUCUUCCUAGAUGACAGUGUCCCUAAUGGAGUCAAGUAUCUCAUAAAUAGGCUCCUUGCUUUGAUCGAAAAGCCGACAUCGGACCCAAUCUACAUUGGGUUAUUUGGAAGCACCGGGGCUGGGAAGAGCUCCCUGAUCAAUGCCAUCAUCCAGCAAGCAAUGUUUCUACCAGUGUCUGGAGAAAGCAUAUGUACUUCCUGCAUUGUACAAGUGAGCUCUGGCUGCUGUGGACAGUAUGAGGCCAAAAUCCAUCUUCUCUCUGACCAGGAGUGGAGGGAGGAGCUGAAGAACCUGACUAAACUCCUGCACAGGACGGAGGAGUUGGGUGGAGAAGAGGCGGAUGCAUGGAACGGGGAUGAAGCAGCGGAGGAAGCCGCCCGGAAGCUACAGAUGGUUUAUGGAAACGGGGCGGAAAGUAAGAACUAUGAGGAGUUGCUGAAGGCGAAGCCCAAAGGGAAGAUCCCCACCUGCAGAGUCAUCACCCUCAAGGCUGAAGAGGCAGAAGAGCUCUCCAACAAGCUGGACCCCUACAUCCGCAUGCAGAGGAGAGACUGGGAUGGAGAGGCCGCUGAGAUGCACAUCUGGCCCUUGAUCAAACAUGUGGAAGUGACUCUUCCCAAAUCCGACCUGAUCCCAGAAGGGGUCGUGCUGGUGGACAUCCCAGGCACAGGCGAUUUCAACAGCAAGAGGGACGAGAUGUGGAAAAAGACCAUUGACAAGUGCUCGGUGAUCUGGGUGAUCAGUGACGUAGAGCGAGUUUCUGGAGGGCGAGCCCACGAAGACCUUCUGAAUGAGAGCAUCAAAGCCUGCCAGCGGGGCUUGUGUAGGGAUGUGGCCCUGGUGGUCACCAAGACGGACAAACUCCACUUGCCAGAAUACCUAAGGGAAAGAAAGGCGGGAAAUCAAGCUAUUCAGAGUCAGCGAGAGGCUGUUUUAGAAAGAAAUGAAAUGAUAAAACUACAGAGGACUAGAAUUCUCAAGGAAAAACUGGAGAGAAAACUGCCGGCUGACUUCAAGGUUCUGGAAGCCUCAGAUCUGGUGUAUACAGUCAGCGCCCAGGAGUACUGGCAGCAGGCUCUCCUCACUGAAGAGGAAACUGAAAUCCCUAAGUUAAGAGAAGACAUCAGGAAAAGUCUCUUGGUCAAGAAGAAGAGGACAGUGACCAAGUAUGUGACCGAAGCCUUUGGCCUGUUGCUCCUCACGGAUAGUUUCAACUCCACGCAGAAGCUGCCGAAUGAACACUUGCAUGUGAGUGACCUGUGGAGAUUCACAGAAGAGAAGGUCGAGCUGCUGGAAAAGGCCAUCACACAGUGCUUUGCCUGCAUGGAGCGGCCUCUGAAAGAAGGGGUCAGAACUGCCAGGACCUCCUACCGCUGCAUCCUCAGAGCGUGCCUGGUGAGGAGUAAAGGAAACCAAGGUUUUCAUCAGACCCUAAAAGCUGUUUGCCUGAAAAAUGGCGUCUAUGCCUCCAGGACUCUGGCAAGAAUUGAUCUAAACGAAGCCCUCACUCAGCCCAUCUAUGACCAGAUCGACCCUGUUUUUGCAAGCAUUUUUAGGACGGGGAAGCCCGCUGGUUUGGCUCUGAUGCCUCACCUUGAUGCUUUUAAGUACUCCCUGCAGGAGAAAAUGAUGGAAAUUGGGAUAAGAAGUGGCUGGAAAUACGAUAGCUGCAAAAAAAAUUUCCUGAUCCAGGAGAUAAGCGCCAUCCUCGGGGGCCUGGAAGACCACAUCCUCAGAAGGAAGAGGAGGAUUUAUGAGUCCCUGACCGCCUCUAUCCAGAGUGACCUGAAGCUCUGUUAUGAAGAGGCAGCUCAGAUCACGGGGAAAAAAGCGUGUGAGCGGAUGAAAGAUGUCAUCAGAAGAGGAGUGGACCGGCAGGUGGCCGAGGGCAUGUUUGAAAGGGCCCAGGAAAGGAUGCAGCACCAGUUCCAGCAGCUGAAGGCUGGGAUCGUGGAGAAAGUGAAAGGCAGCAUCGCCAGCAUGCUGGCCCUCGCCUCGUCCCAGGGGGAUGGCCUCUACAAGGAGCUUGCAGAUGUCGGGAGUGAAUACAAGGAGAUGGCGAAGCUGCACAGAAGCCUGAGGGAGGCCGCGGAGAAUGCCCGGCUGAGGAAGGGCAUGCAAGAGUUCCUCCUACGGGCAUCCCCCCGCAAGGCUGGCCCCCGCAGGACGCCACUGUAAUUCCCAGGGCUUAGUCCCAAUGGAUGCAAAAUCAGCCCAGAGCCAGACAAUCAGAAUUACUUUUUUUGUUCUUUUUUUUUUUUUUUUUUGAGAUGGAGUCUCA